GAGAGUAAGGACGGGGGCAGGGGUUUUAAUAUAAAGACCCCGAGUGAUCCAAGUUCAGCGUUCUUCAUGUGUCGAAGCGUUUAGUGAAGACAGACGGGUAAAGACUGAGCUGCACAGCACUGCUAGAAUGAAAGCUGCCGGGUUAAUCGUUGUUUUGUCCGGCGCGCUCUUGCUCUGCUUCACCACUCUGGUGAGUGGGGGCCCUAUUUCUAAAAGGGGUGACCUGCCUGCUUGCCAGAAGUACCCCCUGCCUAGCUGCACACGGGACUUUAACCCCGUCUGUACCACUAAUGGUGGCACCUAUAGCAAUGAGUGCAUUCUGUGCCUGGCAAUCAUGGAUGGAGAAGAAAAAGAAGAAAUCAGAAUCUGGAAACGUACACAGUGUUGAGUUGCAGCUGCAAUAAACACAAGAAUAAAAUGCAUCCGUGACUACUGUUCUGUGACUGCUCCCACCCCCCUUUUAGUGGCACUUUAAAAUUAUGUAUCUUUUAAAUGUAUUUAAUGUGAACAAGUGUAAUUAAAUAAAAUAAGCUGAAGUGUUGAUUUUAAA